CAGGUGGGUCAUUCAUAUCCACCAGAUUAGUUUGUUGACUUUUGGCAGCCUAUUUUAUUUUCUGCCACUGCUGAUGCUGGUGGUAGGUCGUCCUUAAGGGAGAUCUGCUUCUUUUAUAGAGCAGCUGACCUGACCUGACCUUCUCACCUUCUCGUGUCAAUUCUAAUAAUGCCAAAUCUGCUCAUAAUAAUUACUUAAGAGUGUCGGUGCGAACGCAGUGUUAUUUUCCAAAUUCACGUAGCGCAAUUUUUAUGGUGGAGGUUUAACUUAUCUAGAAGAGAUUAUCGUGUUGUCAAUUAUUUACUGUUUUCGGAACAUUAUUCUUCAGACAGGAAUCUCACUCCUACUUCAGUGGUGCACUAUCCUGAAAAAUCUCGAACCUAUGAAAUGCAAAGCACGCCAAGGACUUGAUAAGUAGAAAGAUAUCGAACACCAUUCCAGAAGAACAUGAAAAGUAGAAGAUGUCGUUCUUUAAGAAAAGAAAAAAUCAGAAUAAUAACAACAAUCAGCCCGGUCCAGUGGAAAAUGGGACGGUGGUGCAGCCUCAAAAGGUGGUAGUGCCCCAAGAUCCGCCUCUUUUUAACUUCUUGCCACCUCCGGACGUGGUCGCAGAUGCCUUGGCGAAAACAAAUCGUCGUAGCACCUCGUCUGUGUCGGAAAUUUUGAUGUGGGCUCGUGACUACUUUUGUGCCUUUGUAAAGAGUGAUGGCUUUGAAGACCUGUUUAACGCCUGGGAGGAAAGUAUGCAUUUCGUGGAGGAUCUUAAGACUGCAGCAGAAAGUAAUACGGAAGAAAAUUUUAAAGGACGUUUACAGUUAUUGAAAUCUCACGUCGAAAUUUGUUCCCCCAACUUGGAUACGACAAAAUUCGACGAGCUUGGAGAAGUUAAAGACUGCCUGGAAUGGGUCACAGAAGUUUAUAAUAAAUUGGAGGGGGAGUUACAAGAUACGUGCUUACCAAGAUACAUUGAGAGCAAGUUUCACGUCAAGUGCCAAAUGGACUUGUUUACAAAUGGGAGCAGCAUAUCGCUCUACGAUGUGCUCCUUAAUCAAAGUGCAUUAUUCUAUUUUAUGGAGUACGCUGAACAAGAAGGGAAGAGAGAAGUUCUAGAGUUUUGGUUGGGUGCCACUAAUUUUGCGGAACAAUUUAGCAACAGCAAUAGUUUUCCAGGAACGAAUAGUACAAUAAUCGACGUGAAAACCGCUGUUAGUGAUGCAAUGGUUUUAUACGAAAAAUACAUAUCCUUACAAGCUCCACACCCAUUGGGAAUACGGGAUGAAAUCAGAUCUGAGAUUGAAGCAAAAAUAUGCUCACAGGAUGAAGUUUGUCAUUGUUUCAAUAACGCAAUAGUUGAAGCAUUUGCCUUUUUACACGUCACUUGCCUAGAAGGAUUUCUAAAGUCAUCCUUAUUCCUCUCAUUUCUUUCUGACCUUAUCGGCUCAAUGAACUCUUCCAAGCCUCAGCAACCUCAAGAUUCCAGUAGUGUAGGUAGCAGCGGAUCCGUAAAGUCUUAUCCAAUUAGUACCAGCUCCUCAUUAACUAGCCCAACGCCAAUACGAGAUAGAGAACGGGGAAAGCUGACGAUGGGUCGUGUAACUGCCUAUGGAAAAUUCGAAGCAGAUGUUGGUUGUGAAAUGUUUAAGAAAGAAUCUGGUAUCGCCAAAACUAUGAAAAAGUUGGUCAAUUUUGACGACAAAGAAAAGGCCAAAGAGGAUCUAGCCUGGCAGGUCGCCGCCAUGAUCGUGAAUGAAGUGACCAGCGUAACAAUGGGGCCGCCAGCAGGGGAAUCAAAUUAACUGAUUUCUAAUGUUGCUAAAAUCAGUUAAAAUAUUAACUUCAGUGACCUGAUUCUACAAUCUCAAAGUGAACAAAGUUUAUUAUUAGAUAAGUCACGAAAUUAAAUUUUUCGUAUUCAAAACCAGUGAUGCAACUCUCCAAAAAUGUAUUUCAUAAAACGACGCAGAUCGGAUGGUAAUUGAUCCGAAUAACGAAAGUUUUUUAAGUAAUAAACUUUUAUAUUUAAA